CUUUGUUACCGUUUGUGUCCGGACAUGUCGGAGCGUGGCAGCAGCAGCGAGGAGCUGUGACAACCGCACUGCUCGACACAGGACUUUUCAGGCAAGCGUGCAUUCGGCAUCUGGAGCUCUGGGUGCCCCCUCCUUCCCCUGCAACUGUGUGGACGUACAGCAGGGCCUAUGCUGUAUUGACUCCACUCUGCAUGCCCUGACUCGCCGGUGGCUGUAUUUACUCCAUUCUUCAUUCUGUGACUCGCCCAGGUGGCUGUAUUCACUCGUCUGCUGCAACUUGCCCAACUGCUAACUCCGUUGCACGUGUCCUGACUCGCCGGUAGCCACAUCGACUCCGCUCUGUGUACCGUGACUCGCCAGGGGGCUGCAUUGACUCGUCUGCUGUAUCUUGUCUUGUCCGCUGCAACAACUCGACCUCAGAGCACCAUGACCGUCCUCCUGGUGGCACUCUUGUUGCUGCUGUGGCCGGGGCCGGGCAGCGAGGGUGGGCGGGUGCUGGUGUGCCCGGUGGAUGGGAGCCACUGGCUGCACAUGCAGGUCCUGGUGAAAGAGCUCCAUGCCAGAGGGCACCAGGUCACCGUCCUGCGGUCUUCCACCAGCUGGUACAUCUUGGAGAACUCUCCCCACUACACCUCCAUCACCGUGCAGCAGGACACCCAGCAGAGCAUCGAGAGCGCCGAGACCAUGUCCCGCUUCCUGCACCGCUCCCUGGAGCUCCGAAAGGAAAGAGGCCCUCUGUCCUUCCUCGCUUUCUACUCAAACUUCUUCGACAUGCUGAGCGAGACCUACGGGACGGUGGCCGAAUUGGCGCGCACCUUGCUCACGGACAGGGCCCUGAUGCAGAAGCUGCAGGAGGCCCGCUUUGACCUGGUCCUGACCGACCCGGCCUUGCCCAUCGGAGCGAUGGUGGCCCACUACCUGCAGCUGCCGCUGGUCCUCAACGUGCGCUGGGUGCUAAGCAUGGACGUCCACUUUGCCAUCGCCCCCUCACCACUCUCCUACAUCCCGCAGGUGCUGUCCACCAACACCGACAGGAUGGACUUCCUGCAGAGGUUGUCCAACGUCCUGUACCAUGGCCUCAGUCUGUACAUUCACCACUUCAUCACCAACCCUCCAUUCCAGGCCAUGUGCCAGGAAGUGUUCCCCCCGGGCAUCAACGCCCUCUCGCUCAUCCAGGCUGCCGACCUGUGGCUGGUGAGGGUGGAUUUCGUCUUUGAGUUCCCGCGCCCCGUCAUGCCCAACCUUGUGUACGUGGGUGGGUUCCACUGCCGGCCCGCCCAGCCCCUUCCGCCCGAGCUGGAGGACUUCAUGCAGAGCUCUGGGGAACACGGAGUGGUCCUCAUGUCUCUGGGCACCUUCGUCAGAGGCCUCCAGCCCCACAUUUCUGAGGUCAUCGCCUCAGCCUUCGCCCGCCUGCCUCAGAAGGUGGUGUGGAGGCACCUGGGCCAGAGGCCCUCGACCCUCGGCAACAACACCCUGCUGCUGGACUGGCUUCCGCAAAACGACCUGCUUGGUCACCCCAAGACCCGCGCCUUCGUCACGCACGGGGGCACCAACGGGAUCUACGAGGCCAUCUAUCAUGCCGUGCCGGUGCUGGGCCUCCCGCUCAUCUUCGAUCAGAUGGACAACAUGGUGCGCAUGGAGGCACGGGGCGCGGGAAUCGUGCUGGACGUGAUGGCGCUAGAGGUGGACUCUCUGACCCAGGCCUUGCGGGACAUCCUGGACGAGCAGAAGCCCUACAGGGACAACAUGCGCAGGCUGUCCCGGCUGCACCGAGACCGGCCUAUCGAACCCCUGGACAGCGCCCUCUUUUGGAUAGAGUUUGUCAUGAGGCACGGGGGAGCAGGGCACCUGCGCACCGAGUCAUACAGGAUGCCCUGGUACGCCUACCACAACCUGGACGUGCUGGCCUUGCUGCUGGGCUCAGCCGUUACUCUCCUACUGCUCAUUGGCGCCACCUGCAGGUGUCUGUGUCAGAGGCUGUGCAGGACGAGGAAAGUCAAACUGCAGUAAACAUCGCACUGCCUCUGUGUUUGCACAGGUUAGAUAGGAGGGGGCAUCCCAACACUCGACAAAACGUGGGUGCAUCCCAGCUCUCAAAAAAUGUACCCUGGGUGACAGUGCUGGCAAUCAUGACUCAUCCCACUGGGCAUGUCCCAAUAAUCCUCUUUGUAUCCUCUGUGUCCUCCACUCGUCCUCUCCCCCAUCCCCCAGUCUGGAAGGAUGCACAUAUUUUACACUGGCACUAUUGGUCUAAUUGCAGAGUUCUCAAUCACAUGAAGCCCAUCGAUGACACAGCUACACUGUGUGCUGUGGUGCUGGCAGACCACAGAACGUAACAGGAUCUGAUUUGCUUUCAUAUUUCUCUUGCACUAUUGCAGUGGCCCUCGCUCCUGGUCCUGGAGAGUCGCAGGGUGUACUGGUUUUUGUUUUCACCUUAAUAUCAGCAACCAAUUCAGACUCAAGAAACCAGGUGAGGCGAGUUAACUGCGUAAUGAACUGCUUUUAUUUAUAAAUUAAGUGCUGAGUAACAACAAAAGGCAGCACACCCUGCGGCUCUCCAGCACCAGGAGCGAGGGCCACUGCAAUAGUGCAAGAGAAGUAUGAAAGCAAGUCAGAUCCUGUUACAUUCUGUGGUCUGCCAGCACCAUAUCACUUUCAACCACAACUUCUGAUCCGAUUUACUGUCUUUCCCAUAGAUCUAAAUGCAGUUACUUUAGACAUACUUUGUGAGUGCUAUUCAUGACCCAACAAUGAACCCUCUUUCAAAGUUACUUAGAUCUCAUCUUUUCCUUUACUUUGCCACCAGUCAGUAUGUACCUGUUAAGAACUCUCCAACAGUCAGGGUCAUGUUUUUUUUUUCUUGAGGCAGUUCUUAAGUUGUUCUUCUGAAGGAGCAGGAUCUACUGAUGUAUGUGGCAGGAUUCAUAGCCAGUAAUGUUUUUGUAAACCUGCAUUGAUAUCAGACUGAUCCCAAAAUUUAUAUGGCGGUACCACGUCAAGAUGUGAAUAUCAUUGCCAAGUUUCGAGAUGAUGGGCCAUUGCUAAGCCUUUCAAAUGGCUGCUGAUAUCUGAUUGUAUAAUGGGAGCCAUGUUAAUAUAUCUAAAUAAAAAUAAAUACAUAAAUAAAUAAAGUCUCAUGAAGUAA